ACAAAUAUUAAAAAUCAGUGCAGGACUGUGCUGUCCUAAGAAAAACUUAUAUUUUCAAAAAUGUCUCGAUUUGGCGUCUUGUCUUUCGUCGUUUUGUUAUUUUGUAUGGAGAACAUUUGUGCUCUCUCUCCAGAAGAAGAGUUGAGUAUUAAGGAGGCUUUGCAUCCCUUCGUAGUGGAAUGCGCAGAGGAAUACGGGAUGACAGAAGAGAUGUUCGAGGAAGCGAAGAAGAAGGGCAGCGCUGAGGACAUCGAUCCUUGUUUCAUGAGCUGCUUCUUGAAGAAAACUGGAUUCUUCGACGAUGCUGGCAAGUUUGAUGCGGAAAAGAGCAUGUCGUUUGCCAAAGAACACAUCACAAGCGAGUCAGCUAUUAAGUUCCUUGAAGCUGGUGCAGGAGAAUGUGUUAAAAUAAAUGAUGAAGACGUGAGUGAUGGCGAUAAAGGUUGCGACAGAGCUAAGCUACUGUUCGAUUGUUUGACGGAGCUCAAGAAGAAAAUGAGCGAAUGAAAAUGACAUAAUCGC